UCUAAAUGGAUCAAAUAUUGUAAUUCUCUGCAGUCAUUUUUUUGGGCUGGGCUGAAAAAUCCGGCCCAUAUUUUUGUUGGCCCAGCCUCUUCGAAAGAAGCAUGCAGUGGCUCUGCCCGUCGAAAGCAUUCCCCUCCGAGUGACGCUCAUGGUAUAUUUGCCGUUGGGUGGGCAAAGACGACGCCGUUUUCCCCUCUCCAGGUAUCAGAAUUCUGAUCAUCUCAGAAAAAUCGGUCUCCAUCGCCUUCGUGUCACCGUCUUUUCUCUUCUCCUCUUGCUGACUUAACGCAGUCGGGUCAUCGUUGACUAAUCGCCUACGAGGGCACCGUCGCGACCCGGCAAUAUUUGCCUGGUUUUUUAUUUUUUUGGUAGUUCUAUCAUCCUCGCUUAUCCACGACGUCCAUAUCUUUCCCCCGUCUCUCUGUCUUAUUCAUUUGCCUCUCUCUCUGUUCUUCUUUUCUUUUUGAUAUUCAUUUGCUGCAGAAUAGACUAUGCGUCAUCUCCAACGAAUGUGUUUGCUAUAAAUUUGUUGGCUUGUCCCUGUGAUGGCAAGAGAAAAAAGCUCGAAGAUGAACAUCGCUGUAAUCCACCCAGAUCUCGGCAUAGGUGGAGCUGAAAGAUUAAUAGUGGAUGCUGCUGUUGAGCUCGCUUCCCAUGGCCAUAAUGUUCAUAUUUUUACUGCUCAUCAUGAUAAAAAUAGAUGCUUUGAGGAGACAACUGCUGGUACCUUUCCAGUUACUGUGUACGGAUCUUUUAUUCCUCGGCAUAUCUUCUACCGGCUUCAUGCAUUAUGCACGUACCUCAGGUGUCUCUUUGUUGCUCUUUGUGUUCUUCUCUUGUGGCCAUCAUUUGAUGUUAUACUGGCAGAUCAGGUCUCUGUAGUUAUUCCAAUCUUGAAACUUAAAAAGUCUGCAAAGGUGGUAUUCUAUUGUCAUUUUCCAGACUUGUUGCUGGCUCAACAUACAACCUUCCUCAGGAGGAUGUAUAGGAAGCCAAUAGACUAUAUAGAAGAAAUAACAACUGGGAUGGCUGAUUUGAUACUUGUUAACAGCAAAUUUACUGCAUCUACUUUUGCAAAUACUUUCAAGCAUCUGGAUGGUCGAGGAAUUCAGCCAGCUGUUUUAUACCCAGCAGUCAAUGUGGAUCAGUUCAAAGAACCCAAUUCCUUUAAGUUCAAUUUUCUUUCCAUUAAUCGCUUUGAAAGGAAGAAGAACAUAGAAUUAGCAAUAUCAGCUUUUUCUAUGCUCCAAACCUUUGAAGGAGAUGUCCUUCAGAGUCGGGAUGCAUCUAAUGCUUCCUUGACUGUUGUUGGAGGCUUUGACAAACGAUUGAAGGAGAAUGUAGAGUACUUGGAAGAGCUAAAAAACUUGGCAGAAAGGGAAGGUGUAUCAAAUCGGAUAAGGUUCAUCACAUCUUGCUCAACAGCUGAAAGGAAUGCUCUUCUUUCAGAAUGCCUGUGUGUCCUUUACACUCCAAAGGAUGAGCACUUUGGCAUCGUUCCAUUGGAGGCAAUGGCAGCUUAUAAACCAGUUAUUGCUUGCAAUAGUGGUGGACCUGUUGAGUCAAUCAAGAGUGGUGUGACAGGGUUCCUUUGUGAUCCUACUCCACGAGAGUUUUCUCAAGCAAUGUUCCAACUCAUUCGAGAUCCCCAGGAUGCUGAGAAAAUGGGCAGGGAAGCUAGGAGGCAUGUCCUUGAGUCAUUUUCAACAAAGACAUUUGGCCAACGUUUGAAUAGAUAUCUUGUUGAUAUUCACAGGGGAAAGAAGGACUGAGUUAUGGAAGAUUUUCGUAUACAAUUGGUACUAUGACGAUAAAUUAAUUAGGCAUUUAAGCAUGAGUCUGAAAAAAAUGUUUGCUUAAGAUUUUUGUCAAUUUAGGAUUGGUUUAGUCUUUUAAUGGCUAAUUUCAAUAAACUGAAUUCACUCCAGAAA